AUGGAUGAAACUCAGAUUAAGUCAAUCAUUCGUUCGACAUAUGAAGAACGUCUUGACAAAGCCAUCGAUUACUACGCAUCGAAAAUGAUCUUCGUCCAAAUAAUCUUUGCAAGCGCUUUCUCGGCUUCUGAACUUUACUAUGGUGUUGAAUAUCAGGACCAGUGUCCAAUCGAACCUAUGAUGACCACAUUUCUUAUUCUUCAUGGCGCUACCAAAUUUGUUUGGGUGUUCCUUACUAUUCUCGCUAUCGUCGAUGCCCGAUUGAUCGCUCAAGUGAUGAACAAGAAGGUUCUGGCUCGUCGACUUAUGCUUAUAAAUCUCAUUCUUCAGUCUGUUUUUGCUGCAUGGUUUGCUAUUUGGUUCAUUGCUGGAAACUUUUGGGUAUUUCGUACCAAAGAUCAGUAUCAAUCAACCAAUACAACAGCUACCACUACAUAUUGUAAUGAAGAAGUGUAUCAGGCAGCAUUCUUACUGAUUAUUAUGACCUAUGUUAUCAGUGGUAUCACUACCAUAGGAACAAUCAAACGUCGUGUUAUUAGAUGCUGCCGAAGCACACAAUUUAAUUCUGACUUUCCUCCCGCGUUAGCUGGAAUUAUUCGCCCGAAUGAAUUCUUUCAAUCAAUCAACAAUAUCAACUACGCACGCAAACGAACUUUCAUCGAAAAGAUUAUCACGUUUCUGUUUAUAAUGGUCCACCGGCUUGGAGCUGCGCUAUUGAUUGCAGGUAUAAUAUUAACGUCAAAAGCGAUUCUGCCAGCGGGAAUUGCAUUACUUGCAAGCGGUGGUGCGAUUACUGUGGUUUUUCUGUGUAUUAGUUUGUGCGUAUUCAAAUGCAUGAGUAUGGCACGAAUACGCCGGGUGAAACGAGCUGUCGAUGCGGAAUCAGUGAAAUAUGUAUCAAGACAGCCUGUUCCUACUAAAUGGCAACUAGGUUCAUACAAUUAUGUAGAUAAUAGCGGAGACACUUCAUCAGUCUAUACGGUUUACUAUAUAGAGAUUCACAUUGGUGCACCAAUUCAACCCGUACAUCGAGGAGGCACAUUAAAAUCAAACUAG